AUGGCGUCGAGUUCCGACGAGGGCGAGAUCAUGGAGAAUGACGCCGUGGAUUUGAAGGCAACUUCACUGCCGAAGAAGUUUGAAGGAAACGGUGUUGACCGUCAAGACAGAACCCGAGAAAGACGCUCGGCCUCCAACUCCCCCGAGUACGACACUGCCUCCAGACACCACCUUUCGAGACGCAGCCGUUCGCCCCCCCCCCGCGGUUUUAAGCGUGCCCGUGACGAGCGUGACUACGUCGGUGGAGGACGACAGGAUACCCGCCGCUUCCGCGUUCAUUAUGAGGAUGGCGCGAGGGAUGACUACCGCCGCUCACGCGUAUCUUACGAAGAUCUAGACCGCCCGCCGUCGCGCGGCUCGAAUACUAGCUACGAUGGCCGUGAUGGGAACCGCAGCCGCGAGAGAGAUAUCUACAGAGACAGAGACAGAGACAGAGAGCGCGAUCGCGAGAGGGACCGAUACCCAGAUAAGAGGCCGCGCAACCGCACCAGAUCGCCCUAUCGGCCCCCGCGCGGUGAGCGAGGAGGUCGUGAUGAUCACUAUGCCAGAGAUGGCGGCCGUGAUCGCGUCACUGAUUCGUUCCGCGGCCUGAAGUACGACGACCACAGAGACCGAAACUCCCGAAACGGAGGCGCGGCGCCGAACGGAGUCGCUGUAGGAAAGGAUCCGCGCGCUUCCAGAGACGAUGCUAAACCUGUGAAAGACUCUGCAGACCAUGAAAAUUCUGCUGCUUCUCGCCCUCAGGGCCAGACGUCCGUCUCCACUCCUUCUAAGAGGACUCGGUUCCUGCUAACGCCCGACGAUAGCGCUCCGCAGGUGGUGGAACCUGAUCACAGCUACGAGGAGCCAGAGGAGCCAAUGGUCAUUGACGAGGAAGCCGAGAUCGAACGCAGGCGACGACGACGCGAUGAGCUGCUUGCAAAGUCUAGUUCAGCUACUCCGCUGCUUGUUCACGCGUUGCAUGCGGCUGAUAAAUCGGCGAUCCCAUCACCAGCGCAGGAGGGCACCCCAGUAGUUGAUAUUGGAACCCCAGGCACAGACGUUGCCUCGCCGGCUCAGGACGGGAGUUCACCGGGUGCGAUCGACAUCUUGAACGAGAGCGACCUCAUGAACACUCAUGGCGGUGGCGAUGCAGCUGAGGAGGACGGCCCCUCGGCUGCAGACUACGAUCCCACGGCCGAUAUGAAGGAGGAUGAACGGCGCGAUGAAAUGCGGCACGGUAACGUGGGUGUCCAUGGCGAAGCUCCUGAUGCAACGAAUGAGACACAGUCCCAGGAACAACCUCAGGAAGCCCCUGCGAAGAAGUCAUUAGAAGACGACGACAACGACGAUGAUUUCGACAUGUUCGCUGAAGACUUUGAUGACGACAAGUACGCCGCACCCAACCCUGUAAAGGUAGCUGUGGUGGACGAGUCCAAAGCCUCACCCGCUCUUGCGCCGCCAAACGGGGCCAUCCUCGAGGGAGACGACAAGGACGGUUACUACAAGAUCCGCAUCGGUGAGAUUCUAAAUGGCCGUUAUCAGGUCCAGUCGACUCUAGGCAAGGGUAUGUUUUCCGGCGUGGCGCGGGCCGUCGAUAUCACGAACAAGAAGUUGGUCGCCGUCAAGAUUAUGAGGAACAACGAUGCGCUGAGGAAAGGAGGUUUCACGGAGAUUGCCAUCCUGCAAAAGCUGAACGACGCCGACCCGGAGAACCGCAAGCACAUUGUCAAGUUUGAGCGGCAUUUCGAUCACAAGAGCCACCUGUGCAUGGCGUUUGAGAACCUCAGCCUGAACCUGCGCGAAGUGCUCAAGAAGUUUGGCAACAACGUCGGAAUCAACCUCGGCGCAACGCGAGCAUACGCUCAUCAAAUCUUUAUUGGCCUUGCUCACAUGCGUAAAUGCAGUGUCAUCCAUGCUGAUCUGAAGCCUGACAAUAUCUUAGUGAACGAGAGUCGAAAUAUCCUCAAGAUAUGUGAUUUGGGAACCGGUAUUGACAAGUCUGACGCGGCCACGGUGCACAACGAGAUUACCCCGUAUCUGGUCAGUCGCUUUUACAGAGCACCAGAGAUCAUCCUCGGAAUGCCCUACGACUACUCCAUCGACAUGUGGUCCAUCGGUGCCACUUUGUACGAGCUGUAUACUGGCAAGAUCCUUUUCGCAGGCGAUAGCAACAAUCAAAUGCUCAAGGCCAUCAUGGAGAUACGUGGCAAGAUCACGCCAAAGCUUUACAAGAGGGGCCAACUUUCGGCGAUGCACUUUGACGAGAUGGGCAACUUUGUCAGCAUGGAGAGGGACAAGGCGCUUGGAAAAACAACCGCCAGGGUCCUACCCGUCGUCAAACCAACGCGUGAUCUGCGCACCCGCCUCUUUGCUGCGUCAGCGGGUAUGAACGACGCCGAGACCAGGGACCUGAACCACUUUGUUGACCUGCUCGAGCACUGCUUGACGCUUAAUCCGGAGAAGAGGAUCAAGCCCGCCGACGCGCUGAAGCAUCCCUUCUUCACGGCGAAGGUCGCCGCGCCUUUGAAGAGAUGA